CUGAAAAAGGCAGAAACCUACAGUAUCUGCUGCAGGAGGCGGAGAAAACGGCUAGAUCCCAGGGAGAAAGCUUGGACCAUGGAUGCAGGGGCAGCCCCGAGGUUCAGAGGAAAAGUGUAGCAUCGCGGAAAACAAGGAACUGGAGGGCAGGAUGCAGCACUAGGGGGACAAGAUUACGGAGAAGUGUGGGAGGGCUAACUGUUGGUGCUUGGAUUGCCGGAGGAAGGGUGCGGGGGCAAGAUUAGUAGUAAUGCUCGAUGCUUAAGGGGAAGAUCUGAGCCAGCUAAGGACCGGAGGGGAAAGAAGCAAGGCUGAAGAUCUGGGUUAAGGGCAAGGAGAUGAAACAAAAAAGACAGGAAACAGUUCGGAGCCGGACAGUUCAGGAAGCAUGUGGCUAGAAUUCAGGGGACAGAGUUGUUAGAUUUACCCCCAACCCCCAGGCACUGUUUAAGUUACUGAAAGCAGCAUAACAGACUUCCUGCUUGGUAUCCUGUUUUGUUGUGUUUCACUCCUUCUCUGAAAGAAAGUGGGGAACUUAUCUUGGGGUCACCAUCCUUCUAAAAGAAGGUCACUUGCAAGGGUAAGAAGAAGGCCUCCCCUUUUGUAAAUCAGCGGCUCAGGAAAAGGUCUAGGGUGUUGCGGAGGCCUUCUCCAUCCAAGGGCUAUGGAACGGGUAGAGGUGAUCAACAUCCAGCGCCUUCUGGAGGCAGCUGAAUAUCUGGACCGCAGAGAGAGAGAGUGUGAACAUGGUUAUGCCUCAACCUUCCCUUCCAUGCCGAACCUUGGACUGCAGGACCCAAAGCCACCGCAGAGGCUGAGCCGGGCGAGGAAGCAUAGCAGUGGAGGGAGCAGUACAGGCACUGCUAACAGGUCUACACACAAUGAGUUAGAGAAGAACCGACGAGCUCAUCUCCGCUUGUGCCUAGAACGUUUAAAAGUUCUGAUACCACUAGGACCCGACUGCACCAGACACACGACCCUUGGGCUGCUCAACAAGGCCAAAGCACAUAUCAAGAAACUUGAAGAUGCUGACAGGAGAAGCCAGCAUCAGCUUGACAACUUGGAAAGAGAGCAAAGGUUCUUAAAGCGAAGACUGGAGCAGCUGCAGGGCUCUCAGGAGAUAGAACGAAUACGAAUGGACAGCACUGGAUCUACCAUUUCCUCAGAUCGCUCUGAUUCAGAGUGGGAAGAAAUUGAAGUGGAUGUGGAAAGCACAGAGUUCUCCCAUGGAGAUGUGGAUGAUAUCAGCACAACCAGUACGAGUGACAUUGAUGACCACAGCAGUUUGCAGAGUGUUGGGAGUGAUGAGGGUUACUCCAGCGCUAGUGUCAAGCUCUCCUUCACUUCCUAGAGCGUGGUGCUAGGGCAGAGCAGAUGAUUUCUUUGGGGCAAUUGAAGUUCUCAUGGCAGGGCUAUGAUACAGUGUUUUUCUUCUCCAAACCACACAUCAACAGCUAAGCUUGGAAAGAUGCAUCUCUAGAACAGCUCCAUGGGCCAACAGGAGGGCGGGAAUCCAACUGGGGAAUCAACCACUCUCCAAACUGUCAUAGCCCCAAAUCCUGACUUAGCACUGAAUCCUUAGCUAUUUUGAAGUCUGAGACAUCACUCCAGUAGUCUUCAGUUGGACUGAGUUGGCUUCAGCUGGACUGCCCCUGUAUAGUGGAAGGUUUUGCUCAGAGAUUAUUUGAUUGGAAAGAGGGUCUUGGUAAUUCAGACUCUGAUUCUUUCAUAAUUUGUCACAUCUCCUGAAAAGUGACCAUUUUUCACCCCUUCCCCAUAUCCAGACUUAACAAGCUUGUUAAGACCCUUUGUGGUGCUAAUAAAACAAAAGUCUGUCCAGUAUACAUGGUAAUAAUUUAGCAUACAUGGGAUAUCCAUGUAUAUGUCCCAAGCUAUGGGACAAAGUAGGUAAAGUGAAUUUAUUGCAUCAGCCUCUCCUGAUGAGUUUGCACAAUACUCUGAACUUCAAAUCUCCAUUGUUAGGCUUCUAAAAAUUCCAGCAUUCAUCUUAAAGCAGAUUUUUUUUUCUUAAAUUGAACAAGAGAACUAUGAAGUCAGACAGUUUGUGUACUCUCACCAGCAGAAGUUAGUCCAGACAUGGCUUUCUACCCACUGGGUUUCUCUAGCCAGCUUUGAUCAUUGUUACCUAAGAAUAAUAAAAGUAAUAGUGAGAAGCUCUGCUCAUGCCCUGUGAAAGAGAGGUGAUGCAAAUCUGGAAGCAAUUCUCAUUCAGCUCAAUUUUCUGCUGGACAUUGUUUCGAAGCAAGAGCUUGUGCCGCAGAGUUUAGUGCUAGGGUUCCAAGCUGUAAUUUAACAGCACACAGUGCAACUGCUGUCUGGAUUCAGUGGCUGCCGAUAUAACUCUUGACACAGAAUGUGAUGGUCCCAUCACAGAGAGUAAAAGGCAGACAGAUGAGCCUGUAAAAGGAAUGAUGUUCAGAAAAGGCACAGCCUCCGUUCUGAGCCACAAAGACUUUUUUUUCUUUUGCAAAUUAUUUUGAUAAAUGUUUGUAAAAGUGUUCAGGUGACACAACUUACAUGCAACGAUGUCUUUUUAGAACUCAUAGGCAUGAUUCUGCAAAUGUCUUUUUAUAAUUGACGCCAAUGGAAAGGGACCUGCUUUUCCUGCUGCCAAGCACAAAAGGAACAGGAACUCUCCUUGGGUUUUAUGGCUCUUCCUUUGAUUUCCUUUUUGGAAUCUCUUUGCAAACUUUGCCACCUGGAUCCUUAUCCUAGUCACAGAGAUUCAUAGUUAACAUAGCACAUCUCUCAUUGGUAACAGCAUAGUUCUCCAGGGAAGGCCUACAGUUCAUACCUGUGCAGAAACUGUUGCUCUUAACAAAAUAAUAUUGUAUCCAAUGUUUUAUCUUUUUUUUCUUUUGAGAUCAGCUUUCUAACCUGCACUUUGAGGUCUUCUUUGCUUUUCUUUAAGCUUUUUAUUCACAAGGAUUCUUAUUGUUCCUUUUUCAAGUUUUAAACUUUGUUCCUUUUUUUUAAGAAAAAGAGACUUCAUUUAUGACACUUGUUGGACUUUGUUCACCUUCUAAGUAAUUUGCCUACCCCUAAUUACUAAAGAAAAAAGAGAGAAAAAUAAGAAAAAAAUGCUUUAUAAAACUCAUAACUUAUUGCUGAUUAUAAUUAAUGGGUUGUUAAUUUCAGUCCUGUAGAUUUAAUUUUAUUAAUUUUAGAUAGGGCUGGCAACAACAAAAAAGACAAAAUUUAAAAAAAAACAAAGUAACCUCAUUUAGCAGUGCAGUGGAAUUGUGUUUAAAUGUUAGCAAUGGUUCUGCUUAAUAGUAGCACUUUAACACCAUUAAACAUUUCUGUAUCUGAAAUGCACUGUGUUCUGCCAUCUUGGUCACUCAUGAGACUUUAGAAUACCCAUGUUUGUUGUGCCUGGGUUUUUUUUUAUAAACUUGUUGGCCAUGUGAUUAGAUACCCCCCCAUGACUUAAUCAUGUAGAUUUUGUCUUAAUACAGAUAUGCUGUGUGUGUGUAUUUAUACCCAUGUUAUUCAUUUCACUCCAAAGCUAUUAUUGUGUCAUAUACUAUACAAGACACAAAUUUUAGAACCUGUGUCAUGAAAUAGAAACAUAAUGCCACAGGGUUAUAGUAUGUUUAAAGCAGGGGAUUUACUUUUUUUCCUGUUUAUUAAAGCGUGGAUCCAAUUGUUUAUCCUUA